AUGGCUGGGUUUGCGUUGAAGCGGCUUAUGGCAGAAUAUAAACGUAAGUUCUUAAGCUGAUUUUUAAGUUUUUCACAAUAUGAGAUUUAUUUUUUGUUUUAAAAUGAAUUACGAGCAAAAUAAACAUAGCUCAAGAUCAAAACAUAGUGAACAUAUAGUUUUUAUUAUAACUUUUGUCAAACUUUAGCUAAAGCCUUGAACUUUGGUAUAAUUUUAGCUUGUUUACUUCUUCAAUUAACCUAGAAAACAAAGUUUUGAAACUCACAAAGAUUGUAAAGUUACAGUAGUUUUAUCAUGCCCUAUUUUUAAAAAUGUAUAUUUCAGAACUGAACUCAAACCCUCCGGAAGGAAUAACGGCUGGUCCUUCAAGUGAGGACAAUUUUUUUGAAUGGAAUUGUUUGAUAACUGGUCCACCAGAUACGUGUUUUGAGAAUGGCGUGUUUCCAGCUAGACUAAGUUUUCCUGAAGUAUGUUUUUUGUUUAAUUUUAUAUUUUUAGAUAAAUUUUUAUAAAAACAGGGUUAUAUUCACUUUUUUCUUUUGAAUACUUGAAAAAGUAGCUCUCUGAACAAGCAAUUUAGCAUUUCAUGCCAUUUUUAAAAAAAUCAAGCUUAAAAUAAAAAAAAAUCUUCCAGGACUACCCGCUAAGUCCGCCAAAAAUGAGGUUUACCUGCGAGCUGUUUCACCCUAACAUAUAUGCUGAUGGUAAAGUAUGUAUAUCAAUUUUACAUACGCCUGGGGAUGAUCCUACCGGGUAUGAAAGCUCAUCCGAGCGAUGGUCGCCAGUAUUGUCGGUGGAAAAGGUGUUGAUAUCUGUGGUUUCAAUGUUGGCUGGUAAGGAUUUUGAGGGAGAUUUAGGGUUAAAAUGAAGUCUUAUAGAAAGGUUCAGUUUUAUAUGAGGUCUCCAUGUCUUUUUUGGGGUGAAAAUAACUGUUAGUACAAUAUUCUUAAAAAUUUUGAAGAAACUAACGGUUUUUAUUAUCUAAAAUAUAUUUUCAGAGCCCAAUGAUGCAAGUCCGGCCAACGUAGACGCGGCCAAGAUGUGGCGAGAGAAUCGGCAAGAAUUUGAACGAUUGGGCCGCGAACUGGCCACAAAAACGCUUCAACAAUCCUACUACUUCCUUUCGAAACCAUCAGCAAGCCGUGUAGAAGCCUCGGGCGAUUCAAUUGCUCCAAAAACGAACGUCCAAGCCACUCCUCAACCCAACGUACAAAACGUCACGAAGCCCGGGAAUGACAAUUCACUAAAAUCACCAUCGAAUUUCGUUUUUGUCAUCGGAUCCUUGAUUGUCGUCUUUUUCGGCGUAUUUUUGUUUUUCAAAUUCUUCAAAAGCUACAAAGUGAACGCUUUGUAG